AAUAUGCGCGCGAGUUACCGCUGAUGUCUUCCCGAUGACAUCACCUCCACCCAAACCCCCUCGGGCAUUGUCCCACUAACGGCGAUGCCGUUCAACCCGGACAUAGGAUCGCCAACGCAGCGGUUUCUGGAUGCCGGAUCGUGUAAACAACUGGGUCUCGGGCAUCCGGCCGAAACCGCUGACCUAGGAGAUUUCGCAAACUCAACAUAUGUACCCCACCCGCAAACGAAGCUCGCAUUGUACUUGAAAACCAGAAAUAAAAUUCAGUCUGAGAGCGACACUUGAAAGCAUAAGUUUUAUUCAGAAGCCUUCUCAAAACUCCACCAGGAUCUUCCCGAAGCCUCCUAAACUCCACCAGCUUAGUCUACACCAGCCAGAUCCGGCCACAGACGAUAAUUGGCGCAGCCGGUUUUUAAAAGAACCAAGGAUGAAAUUCAGCGAGAUCAUCAUAGUAGUUACUAUGUAAUAAUUCGGGUAAGCCAAGGGGCAAAGUAAAAUAAAAUAUACCAGUGGAAAUGAAAGUGCAAACAUUUUUGUGUGCCCACAAAAAAAUGUGGAUAAUAAAAAAAAUAUAUAUUUGAACAAAAUUUUUUCUCAACGAUCUGAGUCAGUGAGUUAGUGACGGUUAACAAAAAUUUAUAACAAAUACCCAUUUGGUGUUUAUCAAUGGUUGACCAGCACAGUAUACACUGUACAUUAAAUGUGGUUAUCUCAAUCUAUCUAAAUGUGGCCAUCUAAAUCAAACUAUGUAUCUAUACGAAUUGUGACCAUCAAUCGCUGAUCGGCACAAAAUGCAUCGCGCAUUAUUAUAGAUAUCUAAAACGACAUGUUUAAAAGAAGUGUAAAUAGAGAUUUUUAUACACAUUUUUAUUAUAUAUCUAUAUAAAUUGUGACCAUCAAUCGCUGAUCGGCACAAAAUGCAUCGCGCAUUAUUAUAGAUAUAUAAAACGACAUACUUAAAAGAAAUAUAAAUAAAGAUUUUUAUACACAUUUUUAUUAUAUCUAUAUCAAUUGUGACCAUCAAUCGCUGAUCGGCACAGAAUACAUCGCGCAUUAUUAUAGAUAUAUAAAAUGACAUGCUUAAAAGAAAUAUAAAUAAAGAUUUUUAUACACAUUUUUAUUAUAUAUCUGUAUCAAUUGUGACCAUCAAUUGCUGAUCGGCACAAAAUGCAUCGCGCAUUUCUACAGAUAUGUACAACCUAAAAUACUCCAGUAAAACGUACACUGAAAAUUUGAUUUCCACACCCACAUCAUCAAAAGAGAAAAAAAAUAAAAAGCUACAAUGCUGCAGAAAAGAAUACAAACUCGUUGAUGAAAUCGUUGAAAGGGGAAAAAGCCCUAAACUACUUACAUUGUUGGCAUUUCAACUAUAAUUUAAGAGUAAAAUCAAAUAACAAUUUGCAAAAAAAAAAAAAAAAAAAAAAAAGCACACAGUAAUCUUAGUAAUCAUUGCCUCACCAACGGAUUGAAUAAUUACUUUGCCCCAUGGUUACCACAGGAAAAAAGUACACACACACACACUAAUUAUGUCAGUUUUACAGAUUCUCAGCGUAAUACAACGACACAAAUUUCCGUAACUAUUAGCAUAGACUAAGCCAUACACCCGUAUAUAUAUUUACACGUAAAAUUACCUAUAUACAAGCAAAAAAUAUAUAUAUAUUUAUUUUUUAAUUACACAUACGACAUUUACACAAACGUUUUCUUAUUAAGUUAGCUACACGAGAAAAUAUAAGUAAUACGAUUUUUUUUUUUUUUUUUCCCUUUUCCACACAAUUUAUAAUAUUACAUUUCUCCUUUUGAAGCACAUAAUAUCUACCAAAACACAUAAUUCCAAAAUUCACAUAUAUAUCUCCUAAAUCUUUAAUUACGCAAAUACGUAUUUUCCCCACCUAAUGUCAAAGAAAACAAUAGUAGAGAAAACUAGAACUAGAUUAGGUCUCAGGAAUAGUACUAGCCUACCCAAUAUUAGGGAAGAAGAAAUUAUAAUCAUGGAUUCGGGAAACGCAUCGGGCUCUAGGACCACUAGCCCCACUGAUAGUGCCACUAACAAUAUAGGAAAUGCUAGUACCAUUCUAAACACUUCGUCAACCACAACCCUAAAUACCACUCUUAACCCAACCGAUAUAUUAGCCUUCGUCAAACAAUUGCCUACUUUCGAAGGGACCCCAGGUACCCUCCAGAAAUUUAUUGUAAGCGUUGAGGAAAUUAUUAUGCUAAUAAGGGGAACGGACCAGACCCCGUACGGACAAUUACUACUAAGAACCUUGAGAAACAAAAUUAUAGGAAAAGCGGACGAGACCCUGAAUAUCUUGGACACCAAACUAGAAUGGGACAGUAUCAGGGAAAAUCUGAAGCGUAUGUAUGCCUGCAAAAAGACAGAACCAAUACUCAUCGCCGAAAUUCAGAACCUUCCCGCUAGUUUGUCCCUGGGUAAAUUAUUUUUCGAAAUCACAAGACUCCGUAGCGAACUUUUGUCACUCCCCGCAGACCCAGACCACGGUGUAAGUGCAGCAUCAAAAAGAGCUCUUUAUGAUGGAAUUUGCCUUAACGCCUUCCUCGUCGGGCUACGAGACCCACUCAGAACGGUCAUCCGAGCCCGGAAUCCGACAACGAUCGAAGCGGCUUACGAGUGGUGCCAAGCUGAGCAGAACUUCAUUUAUCAAAAACAAAACAAACUACAAAACAAUAGAUUCAACUCAGACCGCAAUAGACCCUAUCAGAGGGGUUCGUACCAGAACAACUCCGUUGGUCGAAAUAACUACUCUUCCAAUAAUUACGGGCAAGAUUAUCGUGGAAAUUCCUAUUCCUCGGGAAACCCGUUCCGCCAAGGCCCCAACCAAAGCCAGCAUCAUUUCAAUAACAACAGGCAGAAUAACGACAAUAGAAUGGGAGGAAAUAAUACUGAUCAAAAUCGUAGCAGUACCUCACGCAGGCCUGCUCCCAAUUUUAACAACAUUGACGACAGCUCAAAUUUUCAACAAGAAGCCUCGACCGACAAGUCGGUUACAUAAACAAAAAAACGCACGGCCCAUCUCUUCCAUAUAUA